CUUCACACAACUCACUGCAGAGGCUCAGCUCAGCGCUCUGUGGGGAGAGUUCAUUCACAUCAGAGAAAAGCACCGAAUAAUGAAGAGCUGAACUGGAUUCAUUGUCAACAUGGGUCCUUUAGAAUCAGAAAAUGAGGUCAAUGUAACAGAGGAGAGAGAGCAGGGAGCAGCAACGGACCUGAAGGAAUGGGAAGGUGAUACCACCACAAAUUAUAAUGGCCCUUAUCCUGCCCACUUUUCCAUAAAAGACAGCACAAAGUUACUUGGGGUGCAAAUAACUCUCAUCCUAGCUUAUUGCUCCAUCAUAUUUCUUGGGGUUAUGGGUAAUUCACUGGUUAUCUAUGUAGUUAUCAGAUAUAAAAAUAUGGCAACAGUCACCAAUUUCUUCAUUGCAAACCUGGCAGUGGCUGACUUAAUGGUGAAUACUUUAUGUCUGCCUUUCACUCUGGUAUACACCUUGUUAGGUGAAUGGAAAUUUGGUUCAGUUUUAUGCCAUCUGCUUCCUUACGCCCAAGCUCUCAGUGUCCACGUGUCCACAGUGACUCUCACUGUCAUUGCUCUGGACAGACAUCGAUGCAUUGUUUAUCACUUGGAGAGCAAAAUCUCCAAGAAAAGAUGCUUUAUCAUCAUAAGCAUCACCUGGCUCGCUAGUGCCGUGUUGGCUUGUCCUCAAGCUAUAUUCAGAGAGUAUAUAAACAUAGAGCUUGAAGGUCUGAAAAUGCAAGCAUGUUCAGAAAAGUGGCCGAAUGGGAAUGACAAUGAUGGCACCCUUUACAGUGUAUCCAUGCUGCUGCUGCAGUAUGUGCUGCCCCUGGUGAUUAUAUGUUUUGCCUACAUUAGAAUCUGGACCAAGUUGAAAAACCAUGUUAGUCCAGGGGGAGGGAAUGAUCACCACCACCAGAGGAGAAGAAAAACCACCAAGAUGCUGGUGAUGGUAGUUGUGGUAUUCGCUGUGAGUUGGUUGCCAUUCCACGUGUUUCAACUUGCCAUCGACAUCGAUAAGAAUAUUUUCGAUCUAAAAGAGUACAAGUUGCUCUACACCAUAUUUCACGUCAUAGCCAUGUGUUCCACCUUUGUCAAUCCGCUGGUCUAUGGAUGGAUGAAUAAAAAUUACCGGUACUCCUUCCUCACGGUGUUCAAAUGCGAGCAAAGGCUUGAUUCGAUUCACUCUAAAGGAAUAGCAAGGUUCAGAAGCAACACACGGAAUGAAAAUACGGAAGUGACAAACUGUCUAUCCUCUCCAGCCAUUCAGCUCACUGAAGUCAAUCAGCCAACCAGUGUUUAA